GGCUUUACCUACCUAGUAGUAGUACAAGAUGUCUGGAAUGGAGAAUCUUCCUUUGCCGAGUGGUUGGGAAGCCAAGUUUUCCGCGCAGGCUAACCGAUAUUUCUUCAUCAACCAUGCUGACAAGUCGACGUCGUGGGUCGAUCCACGGACGAUGCCGCAGUACCAGCAGCAGCUGCAGCAGCAGUUCACGCCUCACCCGUGGGCGCCCGCUCAGGCACAGCCCAGACCCCACGUGCAACCCCAGCCCGCGCCCACUGCUGCCGUGCCCGCAGCCACACACGCAGCUCACACACAGCAUCACGUGCCGGCCCAGCAGAGACCUACGACGAUACACCCACCACAGGACCCGCUCCUAUGCAGCACGUGCAAAGAAAUGAAGGUGAAUGCAGCGGGGGAGCAAUGCUGGAAGUGUCUAGCAAGGGAAUUGGUUGGCUCAGACGACAAGGAGGAGGAUGACGAAGCGGCGUCGGACGCACAGCCGAGAACGAGGACGAUGUCCGGCGGCACGCCCGUACACCUGAGACCCGGUGUGAAGAGGGCGCUGUUUAAGAAGCUUAGUCGUGGAAUUCCCUGACGUCCGACGACGACAUCUCCAGAACGUGCUGCUGUC